CUUUUUUUUUUUUAAUUACUAAUCAAUAGAUUCCAUUAUGGAAGUAUCUCCUUCUUCUUCUCCUCCUUCUUCAAGUCAGGACUUAGGCAAAAGGAAGCGUUUACCUCAAGCUUGUUUAGUUUGUCGAAGGAAAAAGACCAAAUGUGAUGGAACGAAACCUACGUGCAAUAAUUGUGAACGGUUAAAACAAACAUGUAGCUAUGCAGCCAGUCGCCGAAAACGAGAACCUCGACAAAAACAUAUUGAAAUAUUGGAAAAACGAGUGGAAAGAAUGGAACGAUUACUAAGACCUGGAUAUAAUGAAGGCGACAGUAGUAAUAAUAGUAGUUUACGUGAUAAUGACAGUCUUAAGUCCAUUAGACCAAAAUCGACACAUUUUCCACCUGUUGUCUUUCGUCGUACAAUCAACAACAAUGAUGGUCAACAGCUUCCUCCUAUUCAUGUUGGUCAUAAUCUCAAUACUACUCGCCAUCUUCAUCAAGUCAUCGAUAUGGAUAGGCGACUUUUACCUCCAGAUAUGGAUGAUUUGGUCGAAAUUUAUUUGAAUCGGAUUUAUGGUGUCUCUCCUUUCUUUUAUCGUGAUGACUUAUCGGAAAAAAGGUCUUGUCCUGUGGUUGCUUUGAUGGCAAUUGCUGCUGCUACUGCAAAGUAUUCUGAUCAUCCUACUCAGCCUCUCCUUUGGUUAUCAGGUGAACAAUAUGCGGAACAAAUUCGUCGAAGAAUGGAUGAUAUUGUAGAUAUGCCUUCGGUUACUCAUGUACAAGUGUUAAUGUUACUGAUCAUGCAUGAAUUUGGUUGUGCUAGAGGUACAAGAAGUUGGAUGUAUUGUGGUAUUGCUGGAAGAAUGGCUUUGGAACUCGGUUUACAUAAAGAACCAACAGAUCGUUUGAAGGAUGGUGAAAUCAUAUCUGUAGAAACCUGGAAAAAGAAUGAAUUACGGCGGAAUGUGUUCUGGGGUGUGUAUAUCUUUGAUAGAUUUGGUGGAGCUUCUUGUGCAAGACCUGUACUUUUCCAUGAUGAUGAUAUCGAUUGUCAUUUACCUUGCAAUGAUGACUGUUUGGAUCAAGAUAUAUUCUAUUCUGAAUCGAUGGAUGGUACUCAUAUUACAUGUUACAAAGUGGUGGAACGCGAUGAUGAUGGCGCAGCAACUAAAGUCAAAUUUGUGGAAACGACUUCACAAAAUCCCAAAACCCGAUCAAGAUGUAACUUGGGCUGGCCCACACAUAUGAUUCGGAUCAUAUCCUUGUUUGCAAAAGUGGCUACAUUUGUGAAUCGUACUAUACCAAGAUCAAACACUCCUUUGGCUCCUUUUGAUAUGAAUACUGAUGAUUAUAAAAUACUCAGUGAAGAACUCGAUCUUUGGAACCGUCAACUUCCUUUUGCUUUACAAAAUACGCCUGCCAACUUGGAACGUUAUCGAUCUGAGGAAUCGAGAGAUACCCACAGAUUUCUUUUGUCGCAUAUUCUUUAUAAUUCUUUGAUUGUCUUUUUAAAUCGACCUGCUUUGACACUGAUCAAUAAUAUUAAGAACAUGGAAGAAUUACCUACAUCCCAUCAAGAAGCGAUCCAACUUGGUGUUGAAAAGUGUUUGGCUGCAUCUGACAAUGUUUCUGUUAUGUUGACUGAUAUAAAUCAACAUGUCAAACGCGUAUUUCCAUUUUUAUCUUAUUUGACUUAUUCUACUGCCACCGUUGUUGUACAUACUAUCUUUACUGGAAAACCUUUGGAAGCCAAGAAAGCUGCUGAAGCAUUAAAGGCACAUUGUCAAUUCUUACAGAAUUUACGAAAAUAUUACGCUAUGGCUGAUAGAUUCUUUUUUAUGCUACGUGACUUUUAUGGAAUUCACAAAACUCAACUUCAAAUUCGAGAAGAUGAACAAGCAAACAAGGAAAAGAAGAAUAUAUCAAGUAUGGAAACUGAUUUAACCGCACAAAUAGAUAGUGGUAGUACGGAUGAGGGUGAACAAUCUACUGAAAGGGCUAGUUCGUCUCCCAAUAGUCAGUCUGCACUUGAUGAUCUAGUGGGUUCUAUUGAUAACACAUUCAGCCAAUUACUCGAUCAACAACUUGACCCCUCUAUGUCUUCAAUGAUACCAAUGUAUCCCAAUUCAAUGGCAACUGAUAAUAGAACAAGUAAUUUUUUGACAUGUUCAUCUUAUAAUACUCAACAAGUACCAGGUGUUCUUCCUACUACAACAUCAACAGAAUUGGAUUAUUAUGCUAUAUGGCCAUUCCUAGAUCUAGAUACAAAUCUUAGUGAUAGAAUCAUUUAGUUUAUAGCCC